GCGGGGCUGCAGCACCGAAUACCAUGUGACUUGACCUGAAUUGAUGACCUCGUCAUCUGCCAUGUGAUCUCCAGGAGUGCACUGGCCUCUGCUUUUGGAACACCAGGCAACAGAAGGUCUAGCUGAGAAAAGCAAAGAUGGAGAUUUGAGGGGCGAAGGUAGCAUGGUGUCGGCCAUGGGUGAUCAGGACACAGCCAGACAAUGUGGACCAGUUUCUUCAAGCUGCGGGUCUUCUGCUGUCUGCUUGCCGUGCUGAUGGUGGUGGUGCUGGUGGCCAAUGUUGCUCAGGUGGAGUACUUGGACCAUGAGACUGUCUCAGCCACAUGCAUCGACAGCAGUGGACAGUUUGUUUCCUCGCAGGCUACAGGCCUCGGCCGGAAUCCCUACUGCGGCUAUGAGCGCCAGAGCCUGUCCAGCCGGGAGCGCAUAGAGGAGGACUCCUUGCUGGCUGCCUUGCAGUGGCAAAUGCCUGGUGUGGGCCCCGUUCCCUUUGCAAAGAGCACCGACCCUUCCUCCAGCUACUUCGUCAUCUUAAACUCCACAGGCCUCUUCCAGGUGGGCAGCCAGCUGGAGGUGCUGGUGCACGUGCAGGACUUCCAAAGAAAGCCCAAGAAGUACGGUGGAGACUACCUGCAGGCCAGGAUCCACUCCCCCCGGCUGCAGGCUGGGGCCGUGGGGCGGGUGCUAGACUACCAGAACGGCUUUUACAAGGCGUUUUUCACUCUGCUCUGGCCAGGCAGGGUUAAGGUGUCCAUCUCGCUGGUUCACCCCAGCGAAGCGGUCCGAGUGCUUCAGCGCCUCCAGGAAGAGAAACCAGACAGGGUCUAUUUCAAGAGUCUUUUCCGUUCAGGAGGAGUUUCUGAGACCACUGAGUGCAAUGUGUGUCUUCCUAGGGGUCUUCCCCUGUGCAACUUCACAGACCCCUAUACUGGGGAACCCUGGUUCUGCUUCAAGCCAAAGAAGCUUCCGUGCAGCAGCCGCAUCAACCACUUCAAGGGUGGCUACCUGAAGGGCCUCCUGACCGCCGCGGACAGCGCGCUCUUCCAGAGUGGUGUCAAUAUCAAAAUGCCAAUCAACUCCAGUGGACCUGAUUGGGUGACAGUAAUUCCCAGGAGAAUGAAAGAAACUGACCUGGAAACGCCUCAAGACUCAGGAAGUUUUCCUUCUGGGUAUUUCUACAAAGACCAGUGGAGGCCUAGGGAGUUUAAGAUGCGCCAGUUCAAUGACCCUGACAGCAUUACAGAGUGCUUGCAAAGAAAGAUGGUGUAUUUAUUGGGUGACUCAACAAUCAGGCAGUGGUUUGAAUACCCUACUGCAUUUGUUCCAAAUUUAGUGGAGUUUAACUUGGGCAGUCCGAAGAAUGUGGGGCCUUUCCUUGCUGUGGACCAGAAGCACAACAUCUUGCUCAAAUACUGCUGCCAUGGGCCACCUAUCCGCUUCACGACUGUCUUUAGCAACGAGCUCCGUUAUGUGGCAAACAAACUGAAUGGGAUCGUGGAAGGGAAGAACACAGUGGUUGCCAUAGCUGUGUGGUCUCACUUUAGUACCUUCCCCUGGGAAGUGUAUAUCCGGCGACUCAGGAACAUCCGACGAGCAGUGGUCCAGCUCCUGGAUCGAAGCCCUAAGACCGUGGUGGUCAUCCGGACAGCCAAUGCCCAAGAGCUGGGGCCAGAGGUGAGCCUUUUCAACAGUGACUGGUACAACUUCCAGCUGGACACUGUCCUUCGGAGGAUGUUCUCUGGUGUUGGCGUGUACCUUGUUGAUGCCUGGGAGAUGACCCUGGCUCAUUACCUACCCCAUAAGCUGCAUCCAGAUGAAGUGAUUGUGAAGAACCAGCUGGACAUGUUCCUGUCUUUUGUGUGCCCUUUGGAGACCUAGCCUGUCCUCACAGUGAUCAAAGGAAGUAGAUUCAGUGACCUUCCUAAUUGAGCAGAAUUUUAGGAAGUUUGUAAUUGGUCCCAUGGUGAGAUGGCUACCAUCAACAUGUAUAACAUUUUUAAAAAAGAGCCAUAGUUUGAAUAAUGAUUUAUAAUAAACUUAGACAAUGCAGGCUAUAUUUAUAUCUUCCUUUAGGAUUUUUCCCAAUCUUGACUUUACCAUGGUAGAACUCUUACUAUGAGCACCUGCACAUUGGAUUGCCCUUUUAACCACAGAUGCUAAUGAGUGGGAAUCAGUUUUUCCUGAAGUGGAGAUUAUUGUACUAGUGCAUGUGAGAAGUGUUUCGGACGAAUUUGGUUGGCAUUGGUACGCUUUUAGCUUAUCUGGUAAAGGAAAUGAACACAUCUUCAUGAAUAGCACAAGUGAUCCAUCUUUGGGGGGCUGUUGUCUAGAGGGGCCUGUUGUCAGAGCUCCUGGGACUACAAUGAAGACUGACAUAUCUCAGGAGUUUCUCUUGACUUUCUCUUGACCUAUCUUUUCUGAAUUACUUGAAAAGGUCAAUGCUCACGAUUCGAAUUUUAUAGUGAGGUUAUUGACAAUUUCCUGCUUUUAUCUAGGAAAGAAGCAAAAGGAAAUGAGAAAUCAUAAAAUCUGUGCUUUGAGUUAAUAUUUGCAUUGGAUAAUUAUUUAUUUGAUUCAGCUAACUUUUAUGUGAGGGAUACUUAUUCUUGAAUAACCACUUUUGAAACUGAAAGGGGGAAAUCUAGAAAUAGAAAUUUAUUUUUAUGUUCUAAAGCUUGUGGGUCUUAAGAAUUGACUCAUAUGUAAAGAAUGCUA